GCUAUACUCAUAUAACACACGCUAGUUCGCUGUUAAGCAACUUUCACUUGGGAUAUUUUCAGUGAAUCGCGAGAGCGCGCCUAUGCUACGCACGCACGCACAGCUUCCCUCUCCCUUCAUGAUGCGGGAGCGUUCUUUAUCAAUCCAGAGCGGCUGGAGCGCCCCAACGGCAUGCGACCCGAGCGCUGCCGAAGUGGCGGAGAUGUUGUUCAGCCUGCGGUCGGGCAAGCGCUCGGCAGCCGAGCUCGAGGAGGAGGUCCCCGCGCAACCGGAGGAGCGCUCGUCGUCAUCUACCGGCUCUGCUUGCACUGCCACGGCCGCGCCAGCACCCAAGCCGCUGAGCAAGGCCCUGACCGCGACCUCUACACGCUCAUACGUCUGGCGUGGGCCUAAGAAGUGCCGAACACUCGGUCAGUUUGGCUCCUCCGCUCCAGUUGCUGCGAGCGUGGCGAUCGGCGCCCUGAGCAGCGACCCAGACGAUGAGGAUGCCGAGGGUGGCAGCAGCGGCAGCGCCAGCGCCAGUGCCGGCCCCAGCUCCAGCGGCAUGGCGGCAUGCUCGCUGCCGGCACCCCUCUCCCUCCGCCCCGCCGCCAUCAUCACGGCCGCCGCCUCAUCCGACCUGGACACAAUCGGCGGCGCCGCAGGCGCCACCACCGCCACCACCACCAGCAACCCCAACCACCACCACAACAACAACAACAGCAGCAACGGUGCGUCCGGCGCGAUCGCGGGCAGUGCCGCCGGCGCGCUGGCCCACGCCUCCUCCGGUCCCCUGGUGGGCGCCGUGGGGCCCCUGGCGGCGGCGGCGGCGAUGGCGGCGGCGGCGGCGCCGUCUGCGGCAGGAGGUGGAGGUGGCGGCGCCGGCGACCGCACGGACCGGGACAAGGAGUGGGCGGCGCUAACCACCUGGCUGCGUAUGAACCUGCACCACCCGCGUACGCCCAAGCGCGAGGUGUUGUUUCUGGGCCGGCAGCAGGAGGGCGGCCGUGGCUGGGUCUUCUUCCUGAACCCCGCCCUGGUGUGGGACGACGUCAGCCCCGAGACCAAGAUGCGGUUGCGCACCCUGCCGCAGGAGACGGAGCUGGCGUUCGCGCGCAAGUACCCGAGCAAGCCGCCCCGCGACUGGGUGAAGAAGAGCCAGAAGUACCGCGCCCCGGGCGGCGCCGUCACGCACGCCGUGCCGCUGGCCGACAUGAUCUACUCGCUCACCGCCAUCUACUACAAGUUCGAGGGCCGGCCCGGCGUGGGCCGCACCGGGCCCCACGGCAACGCCGGCGCAAACGCCAACAAGCCCCAGCAGCAGCAGCAGCAGCAGCAGCCCCAGCAGCCGCAGGAGGCGGAGCUGGUGGCGGCGGCGGCGGCGGACCCCGACACGGUGGCGGUGGCGGCGGUGGCGGCGCAGCGGGACGAGGAGGCGGAGGCCGGCUCGGUGCUGCUGCCCCUGGCGGCGGCGGCAGAGGCGGCGGCGCCGCGGCCCCGGCGGUCGCUGCUGUGAGUGAGAGCAGCAUCAGCAGGCGGCGGCGGCAGCGCCUCCGCACCACGCAGGCGGUGGCUGUAACCGACUGAGUACAAAGUCGUGUGCGUCUUGUGUUUUUUUGUCCAGAGAUACUUACC